CAAAAAAAAAGGAGAGAGAGAGAGAGAGUAAAAAACAUGAGAAAAAAAAGAGUUGGAAAAAAUGGGUUUGUUUGUAAUGAUAUUUAAUGAAUUAAUUUGAUGGCAACCUUACUUAUUUUAGUCUUCCUUCUUCUUUUUUUUAUCUUUCCUUUUAAAUCUUGUCAUUUGGUUAUGGUUGGUGAUAGUGGAAGUAGUUUCUAUGGAGUUUCUUUUAAGGCAUUGUGAUUGUAUUGUUUGUUUGUUAGGUCCUUUGCAUACUGAUAAGAUAUUGAAAGCAGCUUUCAUGAACUAUUUGUUAUUUUCUCUAUAUUUAUGUAUCAGAUUCACCCUUUCAACUUCGCUUCUCAGCCCGCAGUUUUAAACUAGUUGGAGGUGGUGUGGGUCAGACGGUCGGUGAUUGGGUGUUUGAACGUUGAACUUUGAAGCAGAGUACAAAUAUUUUGCCCUUUCAUCUCUUCAACUCAAGGGAAAAUAUCGAAAUCAUGCAGACACCUAAAGGAAGUAGAACAAGCUCUGCAGAAGUGCCUCAGAGAAAAUCUCCAGCAACACCUCGGACUGCUCGUCAACUGAAGAUACCUGGAUCUGAUUCUGAGGCUGUGUCUUCUCCAAAUCCUGCAAGUAAGACACCCAAAGACAGAAGUCCAAAGGUUACUGAGCGAAAAGUGUUGAGAAGCCCAGUAGCUGAGAAGAAGCGUCCGAGCAGAGUGACUGAACUGGAAUCACAGCUCACUCAUCUUCAAGAUGAUCUAAAAAAGACGAAAGACCAACUGACUGCAUCAGAGUCCUGGAAGAGGCGAGCAAUGCAAGAGGCUGAGGAGGCCAAGAAGCAGCUAUCAGCAAUGUCAGCUAAGCUUGAAGAAUCCGAACAGCAAUUGAUGGAAAUUUCUGCCUCCGAGGAUGACCGUGUGCAAGAACUUCGUAAGCUUUCUCAAGACCGAGAUCGAGCAUGGCAGUCUGAACUUGAGGCAGUCCAGAAACAGCACUCAAUGGAUUCUGCAGCCUUGGCAUCUGCCAUGAAUGAAAUUCAAAAGCUUAAAGUUCAGCUGGAAAAAGCACAUGAAUCUGAGGCCCUUCAAACUAAGCACGCUGAAUCCACGCAUACUGAGAUUCAGAACUUGAGAAUUGAACUAACCGAAACUCUCUCCUUGGUUCAAAAACUUAAGUCUGAGCUCACUGAUUGCAGAGAAUCUGAAUCGCAGGCUCUUGAAGCUGUUCACAAAACCCAAACACAACUGGAAGCAGCAAAUAAAACCAUAGAAAUGCUGGGUUCUGAUGCGACCAAAGAAACCAAAGCUUACAAAACAUUGACGUUGGAAUUGGAGCAAUCAAAAGCUAGAGUUAAGUCACUGGAGGGACUUGUGAGCAAGCUCCAGGCUGAACUGAUUGGUAAUAGCAGCAAAACUGUCGAGCAUCUCAAAGACAAUAAACUACCCCAACAGGAUGGAGAAAACGAGGGCAUACAGCAGCUUAACGUGGAGCUUAAUUUUGCAAAACUUGAAGUGAAUCAAUUGAGAUCAGCACUGGAUGCAGCUGAGGUCAGGUACCAAGAAGAAUAUAUUCGGAGUACGCUGCAAAUUAGAGGUGCGUAUGAACAAGUGGAGCGCAUAAAAGCACAGUCAUGCCAGAGGGAAGCUGAACUGGAGGAAGAAUUAAAGAAAACAAAAGCUGAUGCUGACGAGUUGAGAGCAAAUUUGAUGGAUAAGGAGACUGAAAAGCAGAGUAUUUCCAAGGAAAUUGAGGAACUGAAUUUGAAGAUUGAGAAAAUAGGGUCUAACGAAAGAGAAUCUGAACUUGCAAUAGAGUUGAAGAAGUUAGAGGCAGAUUUGACAGAGUUGAAAGCAAAUUUGACAGCAAAGGAAACGGAAUUGCAGAGCAUAAGAGAGCAAAACGAAAUGCUCAAAACAGAAAUUAAGAACAUGGAAACGGGUAGCAACAAAGUUGGUGAAGAAUCGGUUGCAUUGUUGGAAGCAGCAAGGGCUGCAGAGCGUGAGGCGCUGAUGAAAGUUGGUUAUUUAACGGAAGAAGCAGAUAAGAGUAGCCGAAGAGCAGCACGAGCAACCGAGCAGCUGGAUGCAGCACAAGAAGCAAACACCGAAAUGGAGGCAGAGUUGCGGAGACUGAAGGUGCAGCUGGAUCAGUGGAGAAAGGCAGCUGAGGCAGCUACUGCCAUGCUUUCAUCCGGGAACAAAGGGAAACAUUCAGACAAGACAAAAUCUGUUGACAACAACUAUAACCCUGGAAAUGGUUCGCCGAACUCGGAAGACAUGGAUGAUGAUUCACCCAAGAAGAAGAAUGGAAACAUGUUAAAAAAGAUUGGUGUGUUAUGGAAGAAAGGUCAGAAGUAGCAGCAAAUGCAUCAGAGGUUGCAAUGCAUAUAUAAUAUAAUAUAUAUUUCUGCUCUAAAAGUAAAACUUGAAAUGGCUGUGGAUGGUUUCAGUUUAUGAAAAGUUACCUUACUUUUGUCUGGUCAGAGGAUCAGAGUUUCAGUUUGUUAAAAUCCUAAUUCCUUUAAGAAGACAAAUAUUUAUUCCA